UCGUCGAGGAUUCGAUUUCACUCUUGCUUUCCAAGAAUGUAUCUUGACUUUAGUACCAGCAUGUAUUUUCAUCGUUCUUUCAGCGCCUCGAAUACUGUAUCUGUUGCGAAGGAGAGACCAGGUUGUCCGGAAACAGUCAUAUACAUUGAAGCUGGCCGUGAUAGCGCUGUUAGCAACGUUACAACUAGUUCUUAUGACGCUGGCCGUCUCAAGAACUGAGUUCAGAACCCGAUUCUCGAUCGCU